AUGUUGAAAACACACAAUCGCCAAAUGGGAGGUUUGGCUUUGACCACAGUGGCCUGCCUACUUUGCUGCAUCUCAAUGGGGCUCCCUCAGUGGCGAGUGUGGUACUAUGAAGACCCUAUGAUUUCCAAGCCUACAAUGGCUUUUGUGGGUAUAUGGAAAGCCUGUGUUCUCCACAAUGGCAACAACUCCGGCAACAUGAGAGUAUGUCACCAAUACAACUACCGUGACUCCUUCAUUCCAUUGUACAUUCGCAUAAAUCAGCACCUGCUGCUGGUGGCUAGCUUUCUGGGGCUCUUUGGGAAAAUUACCACCAUUAUUGCUUUUUGUAGUCGGUGUAUGGGAAGAGUGUGGAGGAAUGCCACCUGCAAUCCAUUCAGCCUUUCGGGGAUUCUGAACAUCAUUGCUAGCAGCUUUCUUUACCUUGCUGUUUUGCUCAAUUACAUAUCCACCAUGCGUAAAUGGGGGAUUGCCUUUCCACCAUCUUUCAAUAUGCCUUCUCACCCAGAUACUCAGAAGAUUGGUAGUGCCAUGGUUCUGGCAACUAUAGCUGCAAUUUUCUUUCUAAUAAGUGGCACAAUUUGCCUUUCUUCAAAUUUAGCCAUUGGCAAAACACCCCAUUCUAAAAUUUAA